GGAAACCUGACAGAAUUUAGUCGUUCCACCUUGGCUACGGCGCUAUUUACAAAUGGCGGAACAGAACUGAUUUUGCUCGUAUUUCACUUUUUGACGGAAUCAGAGCAAUCUUGUGAUUUAACUGCAAGAUCCCACCCUCAGCAAGAGUGGCAUUGUUAUUAAAAGGAAGAAGUUUAGGAUGAAUAGGUCAGCCUCAACAUGACGAAGAAGGUGCGACACUGGCGUGGCAAGGCUCGAACCACAGCCAGUGUCAUAAAGACUGUCAAUAAAGACAGCUUUGCUAGUGCAAUCUGCCCGACAAAUCUAGAAGACCAGAAACAACGAUUUCUUACCCUUGGAAAGACACCGGAGUUUCAACAUCGGGGUACUGAGGAUGAGUUGGAGGAGAUUUAUUCAAAGCCACGAUCGGAGAUUAGAUUUGAAUACCUUGGUGAAGCAUUACAUAUACUAAAAAUGGUGAAAGCAAAAUAUGGGGAUGCUGAGAAUUAUUAUACAGAAAUGUAUGGAGAGAGGAUAAGCAAGGAAGAGGCAACAGAUAUAAUUGUGGAUUACCUGAAAGAGAAUCAUCUGGAUGGACAGAUGAGCAUUAUAUGGUGUACAGAUUUACCCUGCAGUGGUCGAAUGAUGUGGCAAGGACCACACGUGAAGUAUCGCCGACCAGAAGCUAGGAAAUAUUCCAUGUGGAUAAAAGACUCAAAAGAUAACAAUUUUCUCAGGGAAAAGGGUAUUCGAUGUCUUUCAGAUCAUGAGAUAGGAACACAUUUUUUUCGUUCAUACAAUGAUGGUCUACAGCCCUGGUUUGCCGAACGUACUAGGUUUGGUAUACGAGGAAUUUCCGGUUUAGAACAUCUACGCACAGAGGAGGGACUAGCAGCAGUUAACACCAUAUUGAAUGCUAACUGUAGAUACCUCUGGGGACCAGCAUUAUUAUACUAUAUUGCUUGUAAAGCUACUGAGAUGACAUUCAAGCAAUUAUUUGAACAUUUGGAGAAGUAUGUAGAAAAUCCUGAGUGGCGCUGGCGUCACUGUGUCAGGGUUAAACGAGGGCUGCUCAAUCCAAAUGAUAUAGGUGGCUAUGGAAAAGAUCAGUGCUAUUUUGAAGGUGCAGUUGAAAUUCUUAGAAACAUUGAUAACAUUGACUUCAAAGUGCUAAUGAGCGGUAAAAUAUGUUAUGACGAAGUACCACGUGUGAAAAAGUUGGCACGCCUGGACUGUAUACAAAUGCCGGCAUUUAUGAGGAACCAGGAAAAGUACAAGAAGAACCUGAAACAGAUUGCUGACAUGAAUGGACUACAUUUAGAGCAUGCAAAAUACAAAGCACCAAUGGCCUAUAUACGCAGGUUAAAGCGUGGUCGACGAAUAGGAGUGGCUGGGGGAACUAAAAAGGAAGAGGAUGUGUUAGUUUUCACCUCUGAACCUUUUAGAAAAUUUCGGGGUUGUGGUUGCUGGCCAUUUAGGUAAAAUUGCGAGCUAAACAAGUGACUGUAUGCUAAAGUUAACUGGUAACUCGAUGGCCUCACUGUUGUAUAUACGUUGACCUACACGUAGUUUCUCGGUUAGAACCUUAAAUUUGUGUGUUUUCCUAAAAAAUUUAAUUUAAACAGAAAAUUUUAUGACCUUUUCCAUUCAUUAUUAAUGAUUUAAAAAAGUAGUUUAAAUUUAAGUUUUUAUUGUAUGAAUAUUGCAGGUUUUCUUUUUGUUUUUAUUUUAAACAGACUUCAAGUAGACAAUAUUAAGGUUUAUACUGAUUACAAGCUACACAUCAGGAUAAGAAAUAUCAGUUUAAAUAUUAUCAAAACACAGGAUGCUUCUCGUUUGAUAAGUAGCUAAAACAAUAGGGCUAGCACCAAAUAUUAAAAAAAAUUAGUCACAGCACCAUGAUUUCAGAUAUAAAGUAACUUCGUGUAGCCUUGAGAAAACAUUUCUUGUGGACAUGUCUAGGUUGGCACUUCCUAUAGGUAGUGUUUGGCAUGUAUUUGUCACCUACAAAAACAGAAUCUCAGAAAUUAAUUUUGCCUGCAAUCUUGCCAUUAAGUUGGAUUAAAAUUAUGUGAUACAUUUCGAGUUACAUUUUCUUCUGUUAAAAACAGAUGCUAAAAUUUUAUGCUUCACAUUAAUCAUUUAACAGAACUAUGUAAGAAAAGUAACAUUUAGUACCGGUAGCCUUAUCUUUGGGAAGUUUAAAAUCUGUUAUCAAUAGAGAGGUUGGGAUUUUAAUAUUGUGUGGGUAUAUGUAUAGAUGUACAGUAAAACUUCAUUCGCUUGAACUCGGUAGUACAAGCAAAAAUUUUUCAAGUUACUGGUAGUUCAAGCAUUGGAACAAUAUACGUUAUAUAGUAAUCUUGCAGGGACCCGACAUUGAGUUUGAGUGAAGGGUGGUCUUUCAAGUAUCCAAUAUAGAGUGAACAACGUUCACCUGUAUAUAUAUAAUACUGGGUGUCUGCUAAAAGUGCUUGAUAUACCCAUCAAAUGUCUUAGGUAUAUGUUUUUGAAAGCCAAAAUUAGGUUGUACAAGACUGUUUUCUGAAUGUUUCUAAAUUUGAUUAAAUUGCAUUUGCCUUAAUUUUGUUUUAGUAUCAAAUUUCAGUCUCUCUCCCAGUUGUUAUUGUGGUAUGCACAACAAUACUGAAACCCUCAAUUCUAACAUCUGCAUUAUUGUCACAAGAAAGUAUUAUUUUUUGUAUUCUCUAAAAACUAGCUUACCUAUCUCUCUGAAAUUUGGAAUGAAUGGAAAAAGUGACUGUACUAUAACAACAACAAAAUAUUUCUUACAAAGUGUUGUUGCUUAGCUGUUUGAUCUCGUUUACUUAUAUCUUGUAAUAACUUUUAUUUAUUUUAUAUAUUACUACAUUUUGUGCGUAUUUCAGUGUUUUGAUUUUCUGUAACCUCAAAUGUGAUUACUGGUUAAUGUAUAACCAUGACUUGUUUAUUUAUUGUUAGUUUUUGUGCCAAAGAGAGUUGUUAAGUUUUAGUCCAGUAUUUUAUUGUUUUUAUAGUGUUUUAUGUUUUACAUCCAUGGUACCCUGACUGUUUUGUCUUGGUGUAUGUAUUCUUCAUCGUUUCAUUGAAUUGGUAUAUGUUAAAUAUACACUCAGAAUGUGUAGAAGUUGUUCAUGAUGACCUGGUCAUGCCAAAUAUAAACAUUAUUCCUUGAUACCAAACACAGCAGUAAGUUAUUAAUCGAAAUGUACUUAUGUUUUCUCCAUUAAAGUCUGUCUGUAGUGGCAAAGCCUUAUAAACACUUCAUUUACAGCCUAUGGCUCCUACAGACACUAGAAGUACUAGCUAGUCCCAUAUAAAUUGUCUAUGAUGCCUUUGUUACAGCAUGUUGACAGUAGGUAUUUUGGCUAGUUGGACAUUCACAACAUCAGUCAUAAAAUAUCAAGUACUGUUUCCCAUUUAUUUAUUUGACUCUUAUGUUAACCCUUACCCUGCUCAAUUUCUACAAUGAACUUGUCCAUCUUUCAAUUUGAAACGUACCAUAGAGUGUUAAAAGGGGUGCUUACCAAAAAGAUACUGACUGAAUGGUGAACAGUGCAGGUCUUGAUCAGACUGCAUAGAUGUGUAGGCUGAUCAAGAUCUACACUGGUCGCAAAGGCAGAACCAAUCGUGUCCAGCAUGAUAAGGGUUAAGAUGUUUGGUUAUACAGUUUAUAACUUCGUUCAUUCCUUAGCGUCUGAAAUUGGUUUUAUCAUCUUUGUUCAGAGCAAAAAAUGGCAUCAUAUUUUGAACAUUCAUACUGAAGUACCCGUAUUAAAAAGAUUGGUUUACCGAAGUCAUCUAAUUUACUGUAAUAAUGGCAGAUUAUGAUAUAGUUCUUUUCCUUUUAUGAAUGUAUAAAUAUUUGAUACCGGUACUUGAUUUUUGGAUACUUGAUUUUUGGACAAGCUGAAGUGUUUAAAUGCUGAAUGUAUUCUUGUUUCCAAGAGCAUUGUACAUGAAGAAUUGUUUACAUCUCAAGGACUGAACCAAAAACUGUCGUAACCCCUUCUUUAUUUAAUAAGAGUUGCGACAGUUUUUGUUUAACCCUCGAUCUCCUUUUGUAGUUUUUGCAGUUAUUUUUUCAAUAAUGAAGUCAUAAUUUGACAGAUAUUAGAGAGGUUUUCAUGUGUUUACAUCUACAUUAGGGGUUACAUAGCCAGCAUUGUAUCAGACCGUAUACCCCGGUAUUGGACAUAUUAUAAUUACUUAUAAUAGUUUUCAUAAAACAUGUACAAGUCUUGAAAUUUUAACCAGUUAAGAAAAAUUGAGGCAGAACAGAAUUCACUAUUUGGGAAAGCUAAGUUUUUUACUCAGUCUUAAUUACUUUAUUGAAAAAAUAUUUAAAAUUACUAAUAAAUAUGCAAGGUGUAGGUAGCUGAAUACACAUGAAAAUUGAUUUUGAAGUAAAUUACUUGUGUCUACAUUUAUGUAUAUUUACUAGAGUUUAUUUUUAUAGAUGAAUAAAUUUGUUUACAAAAAGGCUUCUAGCAGA